AUGCAUAUCCAACAUCCGUCACUCACAAUCACCCUGCACAUCCUCAAGCUCUCACUCACAGUCACUCUGCCCAUCGCUCCAGUUCUCACUCACGUACAGUCACAUAGAAACAUCAUGCCCAUCCCCCAGAACUCACUCACCUACAGUCACCAUGCCCUUCCCCCAGCACUCACUCACCUACAGUUACCCUGCACAUCUCCUCCAUACCUCACAGACACCCACACCCCCCUGCACAACCUACUCAUACCUCCAGUCACAUACAGCCACCUUGUACAUUCCCCCAGCGGUCAAUCACCUACAGCCACUUUCCACAUCCACCAAGCUGUCAAUCACCCACAGCCACCUCAAGCAGGUGUUGAACUCGAGCGACAUGGAGCCCAUCUUGGGACACGCUUCUGA